GCCACAAAAACAAAAAACGACAAAAAAAGACAAAACUUGUUCGCAUUUCCACUUUUCUUGGGAGAACUUCUCUCUCUCUUUCUCUAAACUGUCUUCUAGAUGAAACACCAACCAAAGGCUCACCACCAUAACCAAAAAUCUCACUUCCAAAUUUUGUGUACGGAUGAGAGAUGAAGAAGCCUCGAAAUGGCUCAUCUUUACAUGUCAAAUGCCAGAGCAUCUACUACGACAAUAAUACCAACAACAACAAAAGAAAGAGCUUUUAUGAGCUUUCUUUGUCUUUGGUCCUCUCCCUUUGGUGUCUUGCUUUUCUGUACUACUCUAAGCUUGGCCUUAGCCAUGGCAAUGGAGGGAAUCUACUUCAUGAUAACAGAAGUUCAAUUGGUACUAAUCUUACAAGUGGUCAGCUCAGCAAGCAGGCCAAUUCCCAUGUGGGAAAUAGAACCAACAAACAUAAAAAUGAAAUGCUUGUUGAGUUUAAUACCUCUAAAAGCUAUAACACCACCAGCAGCAACCAGCAGAAUUAUUCAACUCCAAUGUACUCAGUUCCAGAAGCAGAAGGAUUAGAAGUGGUUUGGGGUGUUUUGGAGUUUAGAGCUUUAGUGUGUAAAGUACAACAAGUACAUGAAGGAAAGAAGACUAUGGAAGGAGAAGAACUUCAGAAUGGAAAAGUAGUUCAUCCUACUUAUCUCAAUCUUGACGAGUUUCGAAACAUGACAAAGCAGGAAAAAGGUCAGGACACUCCUGCUGCUCAGCUUGUUAACAUCACUCACCGGCGUGAACUUGAUGGGGCCGAGUACAACUAUGCAGCUGCAUCAAAGGGUGCAAAAGUGGUGGCUCAUAACAAGGAAGCUAAAGGGCCAAGCAACAUAUUGGAAAAGGACCAUGACAAGUAUCUGAGAAAUCCUUGUUCUGUGGCUAAAAAGUUUGUUGUGAUUGAGCUUGCUGAACAGACUCUAAUUGAUGUUGUGAAAAUUGCAAACUUUGAGCACUAUUCUUCGAAUUUCAAGGAGUUUGAAUUGUCUGGCAGUUUAAGCUAUCCAACCGAAAUGUGGUCUGAAUUGGGGCGCUUUGUAGCCUCUAAUGUCAAGCAUGCACAAACCUUUAAGCUUCCUGAGCCAAGAUGGGUGAGAUACCUGAAGUUAAAUCUGCUGAGCCAUUAUGGAUCAGAGUUUUACUGCACACUUAGUCUUAUAGAGGUAUAUGGUGUUGAUGCAAUCGAGCGAAUGCUUGAAGAUCUAGUUGCUUCUGCAGAACCAGUUCCAAACAAGUUAUCAGAGCCUAACUCAACUGCAAUGCCUCCUUCAAAAGCAAAAUCUAGUUCAACUGACCAAAAAAGUGUCAAAGUCCACAAUGGGAACCAAAAUGCUGGUGCAAGACUAAAAAACUCUGAUGAUGCACCAAAACCAGCUGCUGAUGUGAGCAAGACUAAGAUAUCAGUAGUGACAACCAAUUUUCCUGAUCCUGUUAUGGAAGUUAGACAGCAACCGAAUGGUAGAGUUCCCAGUGACAGUGUUCUAAAGAUUUUGAUGCAGAAGGUGAGGUCACUUGAGCUGAACUUGUCUGUUCUAGAGAACUAUAUCAAAGAAAUGAAUCAGAGACAAAAUGAUGUUAUGCCAGGACUUGACAAAGAGAUAUCCAGAAUAUCAUUGCUUUUGGAAAAAAGCAAAAGAGAAAUAAAAGACCUCUUGGGGUGGAAGGAGAUUACGGAAAAAGCAGUCGCUGACCUUGAGUCAUGGAAAACCGUUGUCUCAACUCAGCUGGAAGUUUUGGCAAGAGAAAAUAACUUGUUGAGAAUAGAAAUAGAAAAGAUUGUAGAUGUUCAAGCAAGCCUGGAAAGCAAGGAACUUGCAGUCCUAGCCAUCAGUCUUUUCUUCGUUUGUUUUGCGAUUUUGAAGAUAAUUUCGGUACAAGUUUUGACACUUUUUAGACCCUCUUCUCAAUCCGAUAAAGUAUGCAGAACAAGUAGAGGGUGGGUGUUGAUCCUUGUGAGUAGCAGUAUGACAGCGUUUAUUACUUUGAUCUAUAGCUAGUCACUCACUCCCAUAUUUUGUAGUAGUAGUUUAAUGAGAUAUAUUUUGUUGUUGGCCAAAUUUUGUAGCUUUCUAUAUAAUAUAUGAUAAUGCUUUUGCUCUCUCUCCCUUUUCAUAAAUGAAUCAGGUUUAACACCUCAUAAUUUUUUCAAAAGUUAGUUAUCUUGUAAAACAUAAUAAAAGUUUAGAGUUUAGAGGAACUGCAGUAUUUGGGAAUAUUGUACCAUUUAAAAAAUAUUGUGAAUUUAUUUCAAUUAAACCACUCUUAGUACUA